AUGAGUGGAGUCGAGUUUCUCGCCAAGAGCCGCAUGACCAACCAAGUCGCCCGUUUGGCUCCGGGCAUCAAGACGAAGACGAUGAAGAAUCACAACCACCUGAAGGCAUGGUGCUGUCGCAUGAAUUGCCUGUCACCUAGCUCCCCAUCUUUGUCUUAUCUCUCUUCCUUCGCAACCAUGCAAUCCCACCUGACUAGACGAGUUUUCCGAGCGAUCCUGAACAAUGAGCCGUUGUCGUCCGCGCGUUGUCGAAAUCGUCUCCUCCAUACCCUCCAGAAUAAACAUUGGUCACGAAGGCUAGACCUCGUCAGCCCCAACUAUGUUCAGCGACGCGGACUUUUCGCGUUCAAUAUGGCCCCGUCAGCCAGUCCCCAGCCUACAACCCUAUCAUCAGAGGCAGGGUUGCAGCCAAUGAGGGACCUGAUGAGGGCAUUGACGGAUAAAAGCAGAGGCCCGGCAACGGAUGUUCUGGCAAAAGCCUUCCAGAAUUUCUUUGCGGUGCGAGCUGAAACUCCGGGAGUCAUCACCGGUUUUCAAGCCCGCCUGCUUAGCUUGACGUGGAAGCAUUUGCGAGCUCACAGAGACGAGCUAGAACCCGAAGACUGGGAGGCCGUCUUUUCGACUGAGAGCCUGGAGAACAUGUUGUUUGUCCUGUCGGAGAUCCAAUGUCUUCCAGAGUCGCGCUUAGUGGUUCAAAAAGUGGCCCGUUUCGCAUACUUGGAACUCUGUGCAGACCAUGGUUUCGGCUUCAACCAGAUCAGUCGACCCGCCAUCAUAGCGUAUAUCAAUAUCCAGGCCUUGUAUGGCAACCCCGAAGAAGCACGCCAUGUUGUCGAAUAUUUCUGGAACAGGAUACAGAAAACUAGCCCUUCCCCUUGGCUCACGGUCAUAAGAGGAUUUGCUAUGAACAACGACAAAACGCAACUGAGACGGACUGCUGAGAAGCUUAACGAUUAUGGCAUCAAAUUUGAUUGCACCUCCCAAGAGGAGUUGGUCAAGGUUCUCAUUCGUCACGACCUCCCGGAGGCAGUCAAAACGAUCUUUGAAUGCCCUCUAUUUGGUUGCGAAGAGCCGACCUUCGCCGCCAAAGAAGCCGUGGUGAAAUAUGCGAUCCUCAAAUCCGAAACGGCUUGGGCAGAACCCAUAUUUCGAUCGCUCUCGCAAAUUUCCAUUACGGAGACCAUGGGCAUUACAUUGCUCUGGGAAGCUGCACACGGCAAAGAUGCGUCGGGCAUUGCGGAUAUGGUUAGGCUGUUGGCGGCGAAGACUCCCGAGGCAAAGGAGUCGCUCGAUAUGUCCUGCGUGAACAAUUUGCUGGAGUACGCAAACACAAUCGGUGACCCUCGUUUGGCCGAGGAGUUCGCUGCCCUGGCUGCUCAAUGGGGUCUGCAGGCUAAUGUACAAACGGAUCUCUUGCUACUAGAAUCUUACGUUCAAGCUGGCGACGUCGACGGAAUGCUUAGGGGCCUAAAACAGCUACGCGACACCAAAUCUCUGGCCCUUGAAAACCUGCCACUGAUGAAUAAGCUCAUCACGAUGCUCUGUUUAUCAGAGCAGGAGAACACCUCUAUGGAUCAGAUCUCAUCAUUCCUUGACCCACUCUUUGAGAAUAAUGUGCGCCUGGAGUCCGAGACGCUUGCAGCACUGACCCGCAUGCUACUCUCUCGUCAUGACUGGGAGGGAGUCUCCGAGCUUCUCCGCCCUCGCCUAGCCCUGUAUGAUUCGGAGGAGCGAACGAGAGUUCGAAACGCGCUCACCGACUUUAUCACGGAUCAGUCUCAAGAUGGCACCGACGCUUGGGAGGCAUACGAGCUGCUGCGGCUUGCCUUUCCUGAGACGGGCGUGAGCAUGCGAACCGAUAUCAUGACUUCGUUCUUUAACCGAGAUAGGAGUGAUCUGGCAUUCCUGGUAUUCGGGCAUAUGCGGCAGGCUGAGGAGUUCUCACGGCGCCCGAAGCCCGACACCUAUGCCAAGUGUUUCCAAGGGAUCGCUCGCACCCAGGACACGCAACAUUUGGAAACCGUGCACAAUAUGCUCAAACUGGACGUCGAAGUUGAUCUGAAUACGUUGUUGCUCAAUAGGCUCAUGCUUGCCUACGCCGCCUGUGACAUGCCAGAAAAAAGCAUGGAAGUCUUUCGUGAAAUUCUCCAAUCGGAGGAAGGUCCGUCGCACAAGACAAUCGGUAUCUUUUUCAAGUUGUGCGCCAAACACCACAAUGGAGCGCAGGAAGCAAUGAGAAUGAUGGAGAAGAUCAAGGUUCUUGGCAUCGAGUUGGACCGCCGGUUGUACACGGCAUAUAUCGAAGCGCUGGCUGCGCAAUGCGAGUUUGAUCUUGCUACGGAGGCCUUGGAAAACAUGCAUAGUGAAAUUGGGCAGUUGCCGACUCGAACCUCAAUCGGUCACUUGUACAAUGCGAUCCCGUACCAGUACUGGAAGGACGAAGUAGAAAAGUGGGCGAAGGCGAAAUAUCCGGAGUUGUGGGCUCGACUAGAAACAGUCGAACGCACAGAGCAUGAAGAAGGGCUGAAGUUUGACAUUAACAACAAUGAUAUCCUGGUCUAA